GGUGUUGUGGUUCAGCUACUCUCUGUGCUUUUUAAGGAACUUGUACCGAUACAACCGUCAAAGAAUGGCUCAACAUUAGAAGGCAUUCCUUGUCAAGAUUCAAUGCUCGAUUCUGGAUCCACAGAGAAUGUUUGCUUUGACAAACCCAACAACUGUCAAGGUCAGGGUCAAACAGAAUUUGAAGAGGACAAGGGACCUCCAGGAGAGAGUUUGGAGCGGAUUCACUUAAGCUCGCUGCCAGAGCUGGUUGACGUGAUUCACUGUAUGGAGAACUUAUUUUCUGAGUCAGACAAAACAUUGGAGGCUGAACCUUCGGAAGAGUGCCCUUCUUCCAGUACCCCAUGUUUAAACAUCCCACUGUUACCUAGCCACACCGUUUCAGAAGAGACCGCCCGCCUGAUAACAGAAAUAAGGUCACUGUUAUCAGAUUUCACAACGAUAUUUAUUGAAAAGGCUUUUACACAAAUUGUGCUGUCUCUCUUGAAUCACAAUGCAACCUCCAAAAACUCAGUUGAUGAAAUGUAUUUUACAUGGAUGGUGGCAUACUUCUUAACAUUUGCAAGGAAAAAGAAAAUGAAUUUUAAUUGCGUUAGAGUAGUUUUUCUGCAUGAAGUAGUGGGGAUGAUUGUUUUCCAAGGUCUUAAAACAUGGACCAACAUCUUACAGCUCGGGGAGAGUUGUCCUGUGAACAGAACAAGUUCUCUGUGAAGGUUUCAUUUGGUGGUAACAGCUCUCAAGGAGAUCUUUAAAUGUCUCAGAAUGUACAGCCAUGAUCCAAACAUUCCUGAAGAAGGCAGAACAGCCCUUCGUAUGAUAAAGUAUAACUUGUCUUCUAUGACAGACCUGCGUCAGUUUCUCGUAUUAACCCUGCGGUCGUACAAAUCAGAAUCAGCCAAUCUCUCGUUCCUGCGUGAUCUAAUUAAGACAAAUCACCUGUUAAUGCAGGUAUUGGACGAGUCUUUACACCUGGGCAUUAACCCAUCAUUUCAGAUGCUUGCUCAUGUUCAACAAUUUGGGUCGAAGGAUAUCAUGCACAAUUUUGGGAAACUCUUGGCCAAUUUUGAAAACAACAGCCCAAGUUUGAACACUGCCAUUUUAACCAUGAUGCAUCAUGUUUCCGGAGAUUGUGGGAAGGUGUCGUCGUUGAUUCAGUUGAGCGUCAUCAGCACAUUCGUGAAACUUUGUGACACAAAGUAUCCCAUGUCUGUGGAAGUCAACGACCUAAUUGAAUAUGUUUUUAAAACAUUCAUCAAUCGAAUGUGGUCAGACCCACAAAAAUUGGCACAAGAUAUAUUUUGUGAAUUUUCAGAAUAUGAUGAGUUCACGGAAGAAGAGAAAGACUUGACGAUAUCCUUGUACAUGGAAUCGGUAGAUGGUAGUGAUUUGGUCAAGACAGUGAGGCAGAAACUCGAACAAAAUGGUGUGCAAAAGUCCCAGAAAGAGAUAUCAGAGUUUCUCACAUCGUGUGGUUUUGAAGUCGAUCAGUUGGAUGAAGAUAAGAAGGAAGAUGAAAUUCAGUUCUCAGAAAAUGAUGGCAGCUUGGAAGCUUAUGAUUGCACACUGGUGAAGAACCAUGUGGACAAAAUCCAAGAGGCAGGAAUGAAAUCUGCACUGAAAUGGAUUCAAAGCUCUUUGCUAGAAGUCUGCUUUUCCAAGCUGGUUAUCUCUGGAUUCAAACCAACGACAUUGAAACAGAUGUGGGAACCGAUGUCCUUCUACUGCACAGUCAAGAAGACAGAUGUUCCUCUCCUGCCAUUUAAUGAUGAACAAGAAUCAUUUUGUAAAGACACAAAGGUGAGGUACCUGUUGUCAGCCUUGCAGUUCCGUGUCCCUUCUCACUCGCAAGACUACUUCUAUGUCCCAACCACCUGGGGCAUAAAGGAUUUGUGGGACAAAGCGGGCAUUCUUGGCCAAAUCAAUCCAGAAGAAUUGAAGUUUUCAAUCGAAGAUCUGGAGUCACAUUUGUCUAUGAAGCAGGAGAUCACUUACGUCGAUGCUGUCAACUUUGACAGGGAAAUUCAUGCUCCAAACACGGGUAAUAUGGGCACAAGCAACAAGAUGUUCUGGGCCCGGGCUGUGAGUAAGAUCAACAAGAAUUUGAGUAGUCUAUCAUCCGAUUCUCCGAGCCCCAUGAUCUCCUAAGAUAAAUCAGAUCCUGUAUCUCAGAAUUCUUAUUUAGGUCUAACUGAUAUUUGUAAAACCACCAUAUAUUGGGAUAUAUUUCUACUUUUGCAACUCUGCUGGGUUUGGCACAAUGGUAAACAUUACCAUGGUCCUGGACAUCCCUCUGAUUGUCUUCUCCGUCCGUUAGUUGAGGACCUUUUCAGGUAUUCCUAUAAAAUUUGGUCAGCUUAAUAAUGUUGAUGUCAUAGUUUUCCUUGAAAACAUCUCUUUCAAACUUCUGAGUCAUAAAUGAAACAGACCAAUCUACAGCCUUACAAAGCCUUACCUUUGAUCUACUGUCUCAGGUCAGACUUGGCAAUAUUGUAUUUCCUAAAACUAUUUACUUGAGGGGACAUUAAUAUUGUCUUCUUACCGACCUACUUUCUCAGGUCAGAGUUCAUAUUCACUAAUCGCUUUCAGGUGCAUGACAUUUUAAAACACCCCUUGGAGAAAAUGAUAAGGCCCAUAUUUUGUCUGUGUUAUAUAUUGUUUGAUCAUCCAUCUGGCAUCACUUGGGAGACACCACUUUGGAGGGGUGUUGUCAAAAAUGCCUGACACCUUUCUGAUUUGGCUUGAAAUUUCCACCAAUGUUUAUUCAAAAACUAUUGAGCCAAACGCAGAUAUGCUAGGCGUAGAUGGAUCCACAGGUGGGUGUCAAGAAGAAAAUUUUUAUGUUAUUUUAUCCUGAAAUUCUAGUCCAACUGGUAUAACUCCUAAACGGAAGGUCUUAAAUUUGUUAUCAGGCCACUGUACAGAGUAAUUCUGCUUCCUGUCAUUGUUGUACUACAGUAUCUCCAUGGGGAAAAUGAUUAAUACCUGAGUUUGCAUUCCAAAUAUUACUGUUCCAACAUAGUUGAACUAGGUUAAGUCUACACCACACCUUUUGUACACCUCAAGGUCAUUUACCCAGUUUAUUUCAGAGAAAAGGAAAAAUGUUAUUUUUUUUUACUCAAAUGAAAUAUGUAAUAUUCAGUAGUAUGUAUAUGGCCAAAAGAGUUGAAAUUGCAACUUUUAUGUUUUAGCACCAUAACUCUUUUAAGUGCACCCGAUUCCAACUCUUAAACUCCAUAAGAAAAUGAUAUAAUGAGAUUUCAAAAUUUUACUGAGUAAAUCAAAGUAGGAUUUGUUGAAAGAGACCCAACAAUUUACUGUUUAGAUACAGCCAGAUUGGACAUGUUUCUGCCUGUAAGUUUCCGUUAGAACCAUUCUGUUGUAUCCUUUAUUAC